CACACACACACAGCAAAGUGCGGUGCUGCUCGGAUCGGUCACUUACUACAAAAUGGCUGCACAGGCUCCACCGCCGCCGCCACCGCCGUCGCCGCCGCCGACAUCGACGACGACGAGGAGAAGGAAGCACGACUGAACGCUUAGACGCUGAGAGAAGAAGCCGCAAAUACAAGUAUUCGAGAAGCGUUUGAUGGAAGAGAAGAAAAAGAAAAGGCCAGCAGAGAAGAACAAGAAGGAAGUUGCUUCCAAAAAGGACACUGAACAGACAACCAAAGUGCCGGACUCCGCCAAGCUCCAGCCCGUCCCUCCUGUCCCGCCCGUACCCCCGAGCAGCGGCGAUGGCAAGCGCGCCCCUGGCGCCGCUUGCCAGCAGCCUCCGCAGCAGCAGCAGCAGCAGCAGCGUCACCCGGCCAGAGAGGUGCCCCCGCGCUUCCGCCAGCACGAGCACAAGCAGCUGCUGAAGAGGGGCCAGCCGCUCCCGCCCGGGACCCUGACGCUCGCCGCCGCCGCCGGCGCCGCCGGCCACCUGGAGUCCUCCUUUGCAAAGCUGCCCACAGAACUGCCCCCACAGAGCAGCCCGGGAACCCGGUAUGAGAAUCCCCUUUGGGGCCACCCGCCAGGCGACAGGAGCGCUGCAACUUGCGGCCAUCAACUGAUCAUUGACCAGAAGGACGCGGAGGCUUGGCCUUCAAUUACGCUCAGCCAGAACAAGGCCCGUCAAGGACGAUGCUCUUUGGACACUGAGCCCGGUCACAUGACCAGCAACAGUAGCACUUGCAGUACCGACAGUAGUAGUAGUAAUAAUAGCGAUUGGUGUUGUCGUCCGACGAUGGCCACAGGGGCCAAUAGCCAGACGGGCCACUUCCCUGUCAACCACCUCAGCAGUAAGGCCAACACUGGACUCAGCCCUGCCAAUCAUACUGGAAGCAACAUGCACUCAAGCCAGGUUGCAGCCAAUCGCUGGGGCUCCGGCUCCGGCUCCGGACCGUCUCAGUCCUCCGCCGGCGGUGAAGGGAAAAAUGACGGCAGCAGAGGAUGGGGCUCUUUGCCGUCCUCCAACUGUAACUUGAACUUGAACCCUAACGCUAACCCGUCGGCGUGGCCCGUGUUGGGCCACGAUGCGGCAGGGCCAGGCAGCUCAGGGGGAGCCAACGUCAUUUCACCCCCUCAAGCCGCUCCGAACUUCUGUAAUCCCACUGGCCCGCCGCCGCCGCCGCCAUCGAGCCAGACCAGCGCCUAUCCCGGAGCCAACCCUAACAGUAACUCCUCGGGUAUUGGCAGUGCCUGGGGUAGCAUCAUGACCUCUGACGCGUCAGAGUCGCACCCUUCGCCAUCCACAAAUGUGUCUUUCAGUUCAGAACCUCAGAACCUUAAAACUGACGGACCAAAUCACACAAAUAAGCCGGAACAAGCGAGUCCCGCCCGCCACCUGCCCACUUGGGGCAAUGCAUCCGCGGGCCCGCCUCCAAUGGGGGCCAAGCAGGUCAACGGAGAAGAUGGCGCAUCUUCGGGAUGGGGCCUCGACGGUGACUCCAAGGCGCCGUCCUCUAAAGACUCCGGCUGGGGCCAGGCUGGAAGCGGCUCGGCAACUCCCGGAGCCUGGGGCGAACAGUCCGGCGGAGACUGGGCCAAGAAGCAAAGUGAAAAUGCCCAAGCGGGCUGGGACGGCCCCAGCUCGCCUCCCCAGGACCCGGCGGCGGCGGCGCAGAGCGGCUCUUGGAACCGAGCGGUGAGCACGACCGCUGCCAGCGAAGGAAGCGGCGACAGCACGGAAGGACAUCCCCGAUCCAAACAGCAUUCGUCCCAAGAUACCCCCGCUCCUCUCUUGCCUGCCCAGGAUCUCGACCCCAGGGUCUUAUGUAAUACGGGCUGGGGGCAGACCCCCGUCCGCCAGCACACGUCGUGGGACAUGGACAAUACUAAAAGCAAGAAUGACAUUGCCAGCGAAUCCUGGGACUCUCAGAGUGGUCCCGAAGCCCAGGGGCCUUGCAAUACUAACAUGGGUCCCCCGCAAAGAACUGACAGCGGGAGCAAAAGCGAGGGAGCUUCGGGUUGGGGAGGAAAUACAGCUGCUUCUGCUGCCGCUGCCGCUGCUGCUAGCAACCAUCCCAGCCCCGGCUGGGGAGAUCAACCCAACACCGUUAAGCCCCCCAGUGGCCCAGGUGGCUGGGGAAACCUGCCGAAAGGUGUGCCCGCCUCCGCUAUCCCCAAGAAUCAGUCUUGGGGUGACGAGAGGUCGUCGGGGUGGGAGGAGUCUCACGGCAAGCCGACGAGCCAGAACUGGGGAGAGCAACCUAAAGCCUCCCACAGCUGGGGCAAUAGCGCAGCGAGCAACUCUGCAAAUGACUGGGGAGAACCCGAAGAGAGGAAAAAGAAUCCAAGCAACUCUUCCUGGGACGGAGAAAGUCCAGCAGGGGGCUGGAAGGAAAGUCCUCGAGGCUGGGGGGGCGGAAUGCAAGGCGCCACAGGUGCCGGGGGCAAAGCGGGCUGGGGAGAGCCCGUUACUCCGCGGCCCGGCGGCCCUCCCCAGGGCUGGGUGGCAAAAUCUCAGGACGGACCCGCCGGCGCGGCGGCGGGGGCCGUCGGCUCUUGGAGCGGCGCGGCCUCAGUCAAACUGGACCGGACCGGCGGCAAAGCCGAGUCGUCUGCCGAAGCCACGGGUUGGGAAGAACCCUCGCCGCCGUCCAUCCGACGCAAGAUGGAGAUAGACGACGGGACCUCGGCCUGGGGCGAUCCUGGUACCUACAACAAAUCCGUCAAUCUGUGGGACAGAAACAAUCCAGCUCAAGCUAAAGCUAGCGCUGGAGGCAAUAACGCUGGCGCUCAUCCCCACAAUCAGGCCUAUCAAGGACCACCUGCACCUUUACACGCUCACGGGCCAAAUUCCCAAAACCCAGGGCCCACUGGCGGGGGCGGACCCAUGGAUCCCGCUUUGCAGCACCAGUCGGGCUCAUCUCACAACAGGAUUGCGCAAGGCUGGGGAGAACUUUCCAGCUCUCACAACAAAGCAGAAAGCUCUUGGGGGGAAAGUGCACAUUCAACAGUCAACGUGGACAAGGGUACGUCGGCCUGGGGAAAACCCAUCGGGGGCUGGGGCGAUGGCAACCCGGACAACUACAGUAGGGGGAACCCAGCUAUGACAGCCGCAUCUUGCAAACCCGCCUCCAAAGCUAUGCAAGAUGGAUGGGGAGGCGGAGGUGAAGAGUCGCUCCUCUCAGGAGGUCAGUGGGAUGCGGACGACGGAGACAUGUGGAGCAGCACUGCUUCCCAGGAGGGCAACACCUCCACCAACUCUUGGGGAAACGCAGCCAAAAAGAUGCCGCAAAAGGUCAAAGUUCCAGGGAAGCCAGAAGAUACCUGGAUUAUGAAUCGUCUUAUCAAACAGCUGACAGACAUGGGCUUCCCGCGGGAUCCGGCAGAGGAGGCUUUAAAGAGCAACAACAUGAACCUGGACCAGGCCAUGAGCGCCCUGCUGGAGAAGAAGACGGAACUGGACAAGCGGGGGGGAAUGGGGAUGGCCGCCGGACACGACUACAACAACGGGCUUCUCAACAAAGCCAUGAGCUGUCCUCGACCUCCGCAUCUCUCCAAAGAAGCCUCCACGGAUCCCCGCUCACCCUUCUCGGACAAACAAAUGCAGAGUGGAAUGUUUGGCGGUGGUGGAGCAGCACAAGCCCGGGCCAUGCCUCAGCCGCCGCCUCCUCAGCCGCCAGUGCCGCCUCUCGGCCCUUCUCAGCAGCCGCCGAGUCUACGCGCUCAAGUGCCUCAGUUUCUCUCCCCUCAGGUUCAAGCACAGCUCUUACAGUUUGCAGCAAAAAAUAUCGGUCUGAAUCCUGCACUUUUAACCUCGCCAAUAAAUCCUCAACACAUGACUCUCCUGAAUCAACUCUACCAGCUGCAACUGGCUUACCAGCGUUUACAAAUUCAGCAGCAGAUGUUACAGGCCCAGCGCAACGUUUCUGGACCCAUUCGACAACAAGAGCAGCAAGUUGCACGUACAAUCAAUAACAUGCAGCAGCAGAUCCAACAGCACCAACGGCAGCUGGCCCAGGCGCUGCUAAUCAAGCAGCAGCAGCAGCAACAACAGCAGCAGCAGCAGCCUCCCCCCCACUCCCACGCGGGCCUACAUCACGGCGGGACCAAAAGCAACCUGGACUCGUUUCCGGGCCACCUCCAGGCGCCGGGCCUUCCCGACCUGCAGACCAAAGAGCCGCCGCAGUCUUCUCCAAACCCUUACAGCCCGUAUUCGCUCUCUGGACUGAAUCCAAACAUGAAUGUAAACUGCGUGGAGGUGGCCAUGUCCGCCAAGGAGCCAGCCCAGCCCCAGUCGCGCCUUUCGCAGUGGACGCACCCCAACACUAUGGAAAGCCUCUCUGGAAGCUCCUCCCCCUUGGAACCCAAACACGGUACCAACCUGGGUCCGCCUGGCAAGGCUGCUCAACUGGAUGACUCUUACAGUCCUUAUAACCUGAUGUCCAGCUCCGAGUCCCCCGGCAGCCCCCUUGUGGCCCCCGACAGCUGGGGGCCGAAGGGGAGCAGCGGCGACAAGAUGGCCAACGGGACAAACAUCAACUGGCCGCCGGAGUUCUGCCCGGGCGUGCCCUGGAAGGGUCUCCAGAAUAUCGACCCAGAGACGGACCCCAACAUGACGCCGGGCAGCGUCCCGAGCGGUCCCACCAUCAACACUAACAUCCAAGAUGUCAACCGCUACCUGCUGCGAGACCGAAGUGCGGGUAAACUGUCGGAGAUGAAAUCCACUUGGUCGCCGGCUCCCGUCUCGCACAGUCAAGCUUCGCUUUCCCACGACAUGUGGAAAGUGCCGCAGGGACCCCGGAGCAGCUCCACGGCCCCCUCCCGCCCGCCGCCCGGCCUCACAAACGCCAAGUCGUCGUCCUCCACGUGGGGGGGGAACUCUCUGGGUCUCUCCCAAGGCUGGAGCAGCUCUUACACCACGGCGGGCACCACGUGGAGUACAGACAGCGGCAGCAGGACCAGUAGCUGGUUGGUUCUGAGGAACCUGACCCCACAGAUUGACGGUUCGACUCUGCGCACGCUGUGCAUGCAGCACGGCCCGCUCAUCACAUUCCACCUCAACCUGACACAGGGCAACGCUGUGGUGCGCUACAGCUCCAAGGACGAAGCUGCCAAGGCUCAGAAGUCCCUGCACAUGUGCGUGCUGGGGAACACCACCAUCCUGGCCGAGUUUGCCGGAGAAGAGGAAGUCAAUCGCUUCUUUGCACAGGGCCAGUCGCUGGGCGGGACCACCAGCUGGCAGGCCGCUACGGGCGCCGCCAAUCAGAGCAGGAUGGGCGGCUCCGGCUCGGGAGCCUCUCACCCCAUCGGGCACGCGCCCCACUGGAACAACAACAAUGGAGGCUCAAAGGCGGGCGGAGAGCUGCUGUGGGGCGGCGUGCAGCAGUAUUCCAGCCUGUGGGGGCCCCCUAGUGGAGAGGAGGCUCGGGUCAUGGGGAGCCCCAGCCCCAUCAAUACGCUGCUGCCCGGAGACCUGCUGAGCGGGGAGUCCAUGUAAGGACAACGGAGCAAAAACCUUGAAGAAGACAAAAAAAAGAAAAAAAAAUCAAUAUGGAGAUAAUCAGCGUGAAGGUGAGAGGAGUUCAUAUCCUCGCCCGCCGCUCCACUUUGUCGCCUUCCUCUGCUUCUUCUUGUCGUCGUCGUUGUCAAGUGACAGUUCUGCCAAGUGGCACUUGGAGACCCAGGAAGAUGUCUUUCAGUCAUUUCAAGAAAAACACUUUCUACACAUCUUGAACUCCGCUUAAUCCCUCUCUGCCUUUCCGAGGCAAUCGUACCGCACCUCAGAGACCCGCGACGAGGCGUCAUUCCCAAAGUCCAAAAGAAAAACGGCGUCAAUCAGAGCCUCUCCUCGGCUGACUCGCACCACUAAUAUUGGCCUUAACCUCGUUCCCGCCCCGCGGACGGACGGACGGACGGACGGACCCUUGCACACAGCCCCUUAUCUCUGAGCCAGUCAGUCGAGCGCUUGCUACACUUCUACAAACAGCGCAGAGCCCCACACACACGCACAUACAUGAACGCUCUCAAAGGGACUGAUGCAACUUGUUCAAGCCAUUUAUUUUUCUAGUGCAGUUAGUUUUCUUUCCGGAAGCAUUGCAAAGAAAUUUCAAAAAAGGUUUCUUUUUCUUCUCCCCCCCCCCAGACUUAUUUAUUCACCUUAGCGGGAUGUUUGGGUACAUGUGACAGACUAACAAAAUGAACCACCGCUAUUAGAAUGACCAUGCACUUCAACCGGCAGUCUGACCUUUUCAAAAAGUGUGUGUGUGUGUGUGUGUGUGUGUGUGUGUGUGUGUGUGGGUGUCCACCGACGUGCAAUAUAAGCCACAACAAACUGUCCCUUCCUUCCUUCCUUCCUUCCUUCCUUCCUUCCUUCCUUCCUUCCUUCCUUCCUUCCUUCCUUCCUUCCUUCCUUCCUUCCUUCCUUCCUUCCUUCCUUCCUUCCUUCCUUCCUUCCUUCCUUCCUUCCUUCCUUCCUUCCUUCCUUCCUUCCUUCCUUCCUUUCUUCCUUCCUUCCUUCCUUCCUUCCUUCCUUCCGUCCAUGCGCCCUACUGAUGGAGAAAAGAACCACAACCUGCAGCACCGCAGACUGCCACUAAAUACUGUCAACCCCUCUGGCUGCCAACAUGUGUGUGUGUGUGUGUGUGUGUGUGUGUGUGGAAAGAGAAGGCAUCAAACCAAAACAAGCCACUUGUUUUUACUAUACCCCCCGCCCCCCGUCCCCUUCUUUGUCUUCUCGUUUGGCCCUAAUGAAUGAAGUCCAUGUGAAAGACCUGGUCUGAUCUAGCACUUAAGAGGAGUUUGCCCCGCCCAGAGCCACUGUGCCCCACCCGCCCCCUUCAAGGAGAAUGACUGACUUCAAACUUAACACGAAUGUGAAGAUGUCCGUGGGGGCCCAGAAUGAACAUGGUAGCAGGAGAAUGAUGGUGGAAGGGGGCAGCCGGGAGUUUUUUGGUUUUGUUUCCCCCCACCCGCCUUGUUUUGUGGAGAGGCGUGUUGUACUGGCGUCAUGGGCGGCCAGCCAGCCGGCGUCCUGGCGUGGCCGCUGAGUGCCUGCCUGCCUGCUUGCACUCUGCAAGCGGACCUCAACUGCCUCCCUCUGUCUCUCCCCCCACCGCCGCCGCCGCCGCCGCCACCCCCAAUUUCCCUUCUCUUCCUCCAGUUGGAGAGCAGCCUGCCUGUAUUCCGUGUAUUACUACUAUUCCACUACAACUACUACUACUUCUAUAACUACUACUACUGCUGCCCUCAGCAACCUCCACUUCCACUCUGAGAUGGAGGCAUUAUUAUUAUUAUUAUUUUUUUUUUUUAUAUAAAUCACAUGUUACUGUUGUUUGCUGUUACUCUUUGUUUCAUUGCGGAUUGAUGAUCUCAUGGCUUUAUGCAGUGUUCAGCCCCUCACUCCCAUCGAAACGGACAACUUGUAAACACGUGGGCCCGCUUCCUGCGUCCGUCCAGCGAGGAUGAGUUGGUUGGUGGUCCGUCCUCCCUCAGCAUACGACGCACUCACGCGCACUCCGCCACACACUGGUGCUUUAUGUUUCACCUUUGGGAGCACUCAGUUCUACUUGGACCCACCUCCACUGAGACGCAGCCUUCCAUUUCUAUGCAAAGAACAAGGAGGUGUGAACUCGCAGCCAUUGACAAGCCCCGCCCCCAGCCAUCCCUCUGCCAAACGUCACCACUCACUCCAUUUGCCACCUUUACUACCAAGGCAGCUUCCCGUCAAAAAGACCACCUGGACGCCCACUCGCGCUUGAGAACCUUCUUCAGACUCGUGCCAACUGACAUCCAAAUAUCAAGGUCAUGCGACGACGCCUCCUCACUUCAUGGUGGGAGGAGGAGGAGGAGCCGCCCAUGCUGCUCUUUUUUUCAUCAUGAGAAGGUGGUUAUGUGUCUGUGCACUGUUUAUGGCGGGUACAUCUCUUUUGAAAACCAAAAAACAGGAUUUCUUUUUAUUUUAUU